AAUUAAAGCACACACGGUACACAGACACCGAAGCCUGCCGACCGAACGAUAUCUUAAUCCCGUUGUCCGUAAUCUGCUAUCUCUCGUUUUUCGUAGUAGCCCCCUGUGUCAAUCCGAUAUUAAUCCUCCUUUUUACUUUGCUGCUCCUCGUGAAUGCCAGGGAAUGAGUGUGUGUGUGUGAUAAACCAGUAAUACAUGUUAUAAUUCGUGUAGCCACUAAUUUAUUUCCAUCACCAUCAGUACAUGUAUAUUGUGAACGUGAAAUUUCAUACAUAUUGUUGUCUUCUCAUAAUAGGGAACCGGAAGUGAAAGCACCGUAAAGGAAGAAUCUUGCUCAUAAUACUACUACCGAAACAAGAUUUGGGACUUUGUGAUUGAUUAUUCGGAUCUCUUUCGUAGUUGUGCAGUUUCUUAUCUUGUUCCUCACCGAAAAAGUGAUUCAAAUUUGACCAAGAGAAAGAAAGUGAAAGUGUCUGUGUGUAGUGCCUGUUGUGGAGAAAGUGGAGCAGCAGCAUCAAACUGUGUGCAUAGUUAAUUAGUAUCGUUAUAGUUAGAAGGGCUAGUUUGAUUAUUCCUUUGCAAAACUGCGCAACUACUAGAAUAAAUUAUAUAACAAUGAUGAACAACGGGAUGGGGGGUGAGAUAGACUACAUGGAACAAGAGGAGGAGUGGGAACGGGAAGGACUUCUGGAUCCAGCGUGGGAACGCCAACAGAAGAAAACCUUUACAGCUUGGUGCAAUUCGCAUUUGAGGAAAGCUGGAACCGGGAUUGAAAACAUUGACGAAGACUUUAGAAAUGGGUUAAAAUUGAUGCUGCUACUGGAAGUUAUUUCUGGAGAGACAUUGCCAAAACCAGAUAGAGGAAAAAUGAGAUUCCAUAAAAUCGCCAAUGUCAACAAGGCUCUGGAUUACAUCGCCAGCAAAGGUGUGAGAUUGGUAUCCAUCGGAGCAGAAGAAAUCGUUGACGGAAAUUUAAAAAUGACCCUCGGCAUGGUCUGGACUAUUAUUCUUCGUUUUGCAAUCCAAGACAUCUCUGUGGAAGAAAUGACGGCCAAGGAAGGGUUGCUCCUGUGGUGUCAACGAAAAACCGCGCCGUACCGUAAUGUUAACGUUCAAAAUUUCCAUCUCUCAUGGAAGGAUGGUUUGGCCUUCUGUGCACUUAUUCACCGCCAUAGACCCGACUUAUUAGAUUACAGCAAGUUGUCCAAGGAUAAUCCAUUAGAGAACUUGAAUUUGGCAUUUGAAAUCGCUGAAAAACAUUUGGAUAUCCCAAAAAUGUUGGAUCCCUACGAUAUUGCGAACACUGCUAUGCCUGAUGAGCGCUUAGUGAUGACUUAUGUAUCGUCGUACUACCAUUGUUUUUCGAGUACUCAAAAGGCCGAGACAGCUGCAAACCGAAUUUGCAAAGUCCUUAAGGUCAACCAGGAAAAUGAGCGUUUGAUGGAGGAAUAUGAACGUUUAGCUAGUGAUCUUCUUGAAUGGAUCCGGAGGACUAUGCCAUGGUUGAACAACAGACAGUCGGAUAACGCACUAGCAUCAGUACAGAAGAAAUUGGAGGAAUAUCGAACUUACCGUCGUGUUCAUAAGCCACCCCGAGUCGAACAGAAGGCGAAGCUGGAAACAAAUUUUAACACACUUCAAACAAAACUUCGGUUAUCUAAUAGACCUGCAUACAUGCCAACAGAAGGAAAAAUGGUAUCUGAUAUUGCAAAUGCGUGGAAAGGUCUUGAAACUUCGGAAAAGUCGUUUGAAGAAUGGCUUCUGUCGGAAAUAAUGCGACUUGAGCGAUUGGAACAUUUGGCCAAAAAAUUCAAACAUAAAUCAGAUAUUCAUGAGGAAUGGACAAAGGGAAAAGAAGAAAUGCUACAGAGCCAAGAUUUUAGACAUUGCAAGCUAAAUGAGUUGAAAGCUUUAAAAAAGAAACAUGAAGCUUUUGAAUCAGACCUUGCAGCCCAUCAAGAUCGUGUUGAACAAAUUGCUGCGAUUGCUCAUGAACUAAAUGCCUUGGGAUAUCACGACAGUGCUUCAGUUAAUCAACGCUGUCAAAGAAUUUGUGAUCAAUGGGAUCGCUUGGGCAGCUUCACACAAAGACGUCGCCAAGCAUUAGAUGAGGCUGAAAAGGUUCUCGAAAAAAUUGACACUCUACAUCUCGAAUUUGCCAAACGUGCUGCUCCGUUCAACAAUUGGCUGGAUGGAACGAGUGAAGAUUUGGUGGACAUGUUCAUUGUGCACACCAUUGAAGAAAUUCAAGGGUUGAUUGACGCUCAUAAUCAGUUCAAAGCAACAUUAGGAGAAGCUGACAAGGAAUAUAAUUCUAUCGUGUCUCUGGUCAAGGAAGUUGAAAGUAUUGCUCAGAAAUAUCAAGUCCCAGGAGGUCUCGAGAACCCGUACACAACCCUCACUGCAAGCACCCUUACGAAAAAAUGGAACGAAGUGAGACAAUUGGUGCCACAAAGGGAUUCUACUCUUCAAAAUGAAUAUCGCAAGCAACAAAAUAAUGAAAUGCUUCGACGUCAAUUUGCUGAAAAGGGAAAUCAAGUAGGACCAUGGAUUGAGAAACAAUUGGACGCUGUUACUGCUAUUGGAAUGGGUUUGCAGGGAUCACUUGAAGAUCAGCUCCACAGACUAAAGGAAUAUCAACAAGGUGUGACUGCUUACCGACCGCACAUUGAUGAACUAGAAAAAAUUCACCAGUCCGUACAAGAAGGAAUGGUCUUUGAAAACAGAUAUACACAAUACACAAUGGAAACUCUUCGUGUGGGUUGGGAGCAAUUACUAACCUCUAUCAACCGAAAUAUUAACGAAGUCGAAAAUCAAAUCUUAACUCGUGACUCCAAGGGUAUUACGCAACAACAACUCACGGAAUUCAGAGGCAGUUUUAACCAUUUUGACAAAAACCGUACCGGGCGUCUAGCGAAGGAUGAAUUUAGAUCAUGUCUUGUCUCGUUGGGAUAUUCUGUUCAGGGAGAUGUUGACUUUAGCAGAAUAAUGGCAGCUGUGGAUCCCAACAACAGUGGUUACGUUCAUUUUGACGCCUUCCUGGACUUUAUGACUCGAGAAUCCACUGACACUGACACCGCCGAACAAGUUAUAGAUUCAUUCAGGAUUCUUGCCGCAGAUAAGCCAUACAUCCUUCCCGAUGAAUUGAGAAGAGAGUUGCCUCCAGACCAAGCUGAAUAUUGCAUUCAGAGGAUGCAGCCAUUCAAAGGACCAGGCGCAGUUCCAGGAGCCCUUGACUACCUCUCCUUUUCCACAGCUCUGUACGGAGAGUCUGAUAUUUAAUUAUAUUUUGCUAAGUUUGGAAAACUCUGUGAAUUUGUGAAAGAAGAGAAGACCCAUUGAAACAAAUCAUUAUUGGUCCAAUACCAGUACCAAGCUGUGACUGCCAUUCAUCAUAAUAAUAUUGUUUAAUAAUUAUUACUUAUUUGUUAACUAUAUAAUAACUCUUAGUCUUCCUGGCUCACAAGAAUGCAAUGUUACCAACUGAAUAGGUCUUCCAAUACUGACUAUGUAUUAUAUCCCUUCUUUGUAGUUACUCUUCUAAAUCCCUCAAAUUCACGAGCUUUUGGUUUUCCAUAGAAUACCAUUGUUAUUAUUGAAGAUAAAAUUGGUCAUGCCCUGCGUAGUAUUGUUUUUUAAUUAACAACCGUAAUUACAUCAAACGAACUGAGGAAAUAUUUCGAAAGCCUAGUCGAACAGAGUCCACUUUAAUUUGUAUCUCCCCUCGUUCAUUUAAAAACUGAUGAGUUGUGUACGAGAGCAGCUAAGAUGAUUAGUAUUUGUAAGUUUAUUUCCAGAAGUUGUUAUGAGUUAUUUAGUAUUUGUAAGUAUAUAUAUAAGUACAUGCAUGCUAUGGAUGAGUAAAUGAAUGAAAUCAAGCCAAGCUUUAAUCAUUAAUAUAUAUAUACAUAAGUUUAUUUAAUAACAAGUAUUGCAUUGUAUUAUGGUGAUUAUUUGUGUGACCUGUUUUCGCAAUUUGAAAUUGACAACCUCUGACAUUAUUUGUGCCAAUUCGUACGACAAGAAUGAAAUUUUGAUGGGUGGCUGAAAGUGGGUUUAUUAUAAUAGAUAUCCAUUUGAAUGGGAAUGAAGGAAUGCACUACUGAUGAUAUGUUAUACAUAUGUUAAGGCAACUAAUAAUGCAUUCAUAAUAUUAGGAUCUAUGUACGCACUAGUAGUUAUGUAUAUGAGGGGUGGUUUGUAUGAUGUGAAUGUAAAAAUGUUAUGCCACGGAUUAUUGUUUAUUGUUAGAAUGAGAAUAAAUUAUCGAGUCAUCUAGUCGCAGGGCAAUUUGAUGUAAAUCUCCCCCUUCUGAGUUAUGUUAUGUUCAGUUCCGACCGAUUUUCAAUUCAACAGGAAAGUGAGGUGCACUAAUUACAAGUCAGUUUCUAGCGUAUGAGAUACUGCAACCAAUAAACAAACAAAAAAUCAAUCCUAUUUUGUGCAUUUUUAAAUUUGAGACAUAACUGUCGAUUUGGUUAUUUAUUGUGAAAAAAUUAAUUCAGCAGCUCUCAAAGUAAUCUCUGAUUCAAGUAUUGUACGAACCUGUAUAUAUUUUAAAAAAGUUCUAGUUGAAUGGAUGUAUGAAGGCAAUAUUAAUAAAUGUCUGUUGAAUAAAAUUGAGAAA